AUGUCUUAUUCACCGGCAAAGCGCCGCAACUCGUGGCCGCUCAACGACCUUGAGAAGAAGUAUGAUGAGCUUUUGGACGAGUACCACAAGCAGCAACCUCAGAUCUCAGCACUGAGUGCAGACAAAGUCGUCCUUCGCAACGAAAACCUUGAUCUUGCGAUCAGGAACGGCGAGCUCAAAUCGCAGACCAUCAAACAGCAGAUACAGAUACUGGAGCUGAGUGGGAAGGACGACGAUAUUGAAGAUCUUCGAAACACCGUCCUCAACUACCGGGCUGAAUUGGAGGAAGUGAAGCAGCAGUCGAUGUUCCUGCAUGACAGAGGUGGAGAGCAAGACCAGGCGGUUAUCAUUCAAGAUCUUAUGGUGGAAGUUGAAACCCUGCGAGCGCAGUUGGAUAGUGUUGCGUCGAUUGAUAGCUAUGUCGAGCAGAUCGCGAUGAUGCAAGAGCAUACCGAGAAUCUCGAAGCAAAGCUCGCCGUAGCCUCCAGCCAGCUAGCGAACAAGGACCCUGACACAUCCCCAUCACACCAUGUCACAUCUCUCACGCCAAAAGUUGCGGAAAUGCCGGAUGAAGUGGACCAAACCGACGACACAUCCACAGAAGGUUCCAAGAAAAAGUCCGAAAAGUACUCUCUCAUGCUGGAGAUGGAUCUAAAGCAACAGAUGGAGGCGUACACCACGCUCUGGCACAAAUUCGAAAGGUCAGAAGAGAAAUUACAGCAUUGCGGCGAGCAACGACAAACGCUGGAGAAUAAGGCUAGGAAUUUAAGGAACUUCAACGAGCAUCUCCAGAACCGGCUUCAGGAUAUGGAUGCAGAAAAACAAGGAGACUGCAAAGGUAAAUGCAAAGACUUGGAGGAGAAGCUACGGAGACUGCUGAACUGUUUCGGGAUGCAUCGAAGAGCCGAGAAAGAGAUGAUUGACGAGGUUAUGCACGAGUUUACGGGAGACUUGGAUGGCGGUGGUGAUGAUUACGAUGAUGAGUCUGUAGUGGUUGAUUGUGAGAGUUGCGAUGGUGAGGAGGGCGGACAGAAGAGGAGAGGCGAUUGAUUGUAUCCGCGCGGUCAGAUUGAAAUUGAUAGAUAGCUUGAAUUAGAGGAUUUGACCUG